AUGGCCGACCAACCUGAGCAGAGCAGGCGGAGCACCUGCACAAGGGCACAUAUGUCCCCUAUGACAAUAUUUGACCGGACCUGCGCUGGUCUCAGGGCAGCACUGCGAAACCGGGAAGCAACUCACCGCCAAGUUGACCGGAAGGUGGCCUCAUGGUUGCGACCAACAGCGCGACGCAGGCACUACAUACAGGUACCCCAAGCAUCCAAGAUGGCCGUCAGGCAAAAUCGAUACCAUAGGGCAUCGAGACGGGACACACGCUCUCACCUGCCCACAAGCAAAGCCGAGAUCUCCAAUCCAACAACGACGCACACUACUAAAAUAUCUGACCUAAAUCCCGGCUACCAGCACAGCACCAAACGCCACUCCUCAACCAAUACUGCAACACAAGUGAAGGGGAAACGGCACACCACGAAGAGACGUCCUGGAGCUCAACCCCGAAAUGGAGACAACGGGCCCCGCGACUGCUAUGACAAGAAGAAUAGCAACAGCCGGCUGAUCUUACCAGCGCUGGGCAUAGGAUGA